CGUGAACACAGGGAGUCUGUGCCUUGUUGAUAGCAUGUAAGCUAACGUUUGUUGUUGUUGUUUUUUCUUCGUCGAAAACCGUCGAAAUACCACAAAAACAAAUGGAGUCGACGGGACGCUCGCUGUAUUCAGUAUGCCGGCACGUCAGGAGAUAUGACUCGCAGCACAGAAGAAGAUUCUCUGGUGGACGGACCCCUGAUCUCUGCCGACGCCCUCCACUCGGCCAUCAGGAGAGAGUUCCAGACCCUGCCGACACACUGCUAUGCUGCGCUGCUGUCUCUGCUGCAUGUUGUGUUCGUGGUGUUGUCGGUGUGCGUGGCGGUGCUGUGUGUGUUGAAAUUGGGCGACGUGGAGGUGUGUGCGAGUGUGUUGGGCAAAGUGACUGGUGACAGUGUGAUUGUGUUCGGGAAGGUGUGUUUGUGGGUGCUGGUGCUGGUGUUCACCCGCUGCGCACAGCACCACCACGGGCAGGCCAGGAGGAGAGGAUACCUGCAGUUCUACAGACAGACACAAGGACUGAAUCACCUGCCACUCGCCGCUCACUCUGCAGGGAACGUUUCAGUGUUGGUUGUUCUGGCUGCAAGAUUGUCUCCGCCUGUCCAGUCCUACAUUCUGAUCAGCAUCCUGGUGCUGGAGCUGCUGGUGGCAAUGCCUUGUCUCUUCUAUUACGCAGUGAAGGUGAUGCGGUUCAACGGGGAGCGAGCCGCACCGGACGUGAGCCAAGAGGAGCACACUCACAACUACAGUGUCACGAGUCUGCCGACUGAGACCGGCUUCAGAGAGGGCUCAAGUCUGGAGGAGGUGGUGGAGAAGCAGGCCGACCUGAUCGAGUACCUGAAGCAGCACAACACCUUACUGAGCAAGAGGCUGUUCAACCUCACUGCUCAACACUGACCCCAGCGCAGCCUCAUCCUUCUCUCUGCAGAGGAUCUGUGGCUUCAAGAGAAAAGACUUAAACCAUGAGAAACACUGGAUAAAAGACUGAAAUAGGCAAAUGCACCUGUGCGCACAGCCCGAGUGAGUUGGACAGAUGACGCAGGAGGAGGUGAGCUGAAAGUGGAGGAAGGUUUAAGAUGAGAAGAUGAGGAGUCAUGGGUCACAGAUCGGAGGUGAGGGGUUUUUAUCGCUCUUUUUACGACCCCCAGUGACCCGUGGAUGCUGCCGCCUGUUACUGCGAGAGGAGCGGAGAGGGAGCGACUUUGUUUUAGAGAUCAUCUGCACUAAAGAGGGACUGAAGGAGCAGGAGGGAGAGGUUAACUCUCCGCGGUCAAAGAUCCCAAUUAACGUUAUGUGUCUGUAAAGUGGUAUUUUUAUGUCUGAAUUUGUGUAAAUACAUAAAGUGGUGACAGCUUUUUUUUCUACUUGUUCAGUCAGUUAUUUUGAGUAUUUGUGAUCCAGCUCCAAUAAAUCUUUAAUAUCCUCA